CUUAAUAACCUAUAGACACAUGCGCUGCACACCGGCAAUUGCUCAGAGUCUAGCGUCUUUGACCUUCCAGAACUCGACCACUCCACAGCCUAUUGAGCUUCUGCCUAUUAAAGCGCAGCAUCAAAUACAACCAGGGCACGGGCAGUUAACUCUCCCUCCCGUGCCCGGUUGAAAGGAACCCCCCGUCGGGACGGGACAUUCGGGCGACAUGGACCUUCAGAACAAGCCCCAAAUUUUGGAGCAUCUGCACAAGAGCCUUACAGUCACGCUAUAUGACUGCCGGUGGAUCCCUGGGACUGCAAAGUUCGUGACGCUAGGCUCCUAUGCCCGCAACACGGGCUGCCUGCAGGUGUACGAGCUAGAAGGACCGGACCUGAAGACGGUGAAGGAGACGGAAAAGAAGCACUCCUUCAAAUGCGGCACCUUUGGCGCGUCGUCGUUGGCAGAGCGACGCCUUGCCACAGGCAACUUCGGCGGUGAGGUGCAGAUCUGGGACCUGGAGAACACCGCACAGCCGGUCUUCACGGCGCAGGCGCACGCGUCCAUUGUGAAUGCAAUCGAUGGGUGUGGCGGUCAGGCCAAGGGGUACGGAGCACCGGAGCUGGCGACAUGCGGGAGAGAUGGCUGUGUGCGGGUGUGGGACGUGCGGCAACAGGACGCGCCGGUGGCUGCAUUCGAGCCCGCGGACCCGAACAACGUCCGGGACUGCUGGUGUGUGGCGUUCGGCAACUCCUUCAACGACAACGAGCGCUGCCUGCUGGCCGGCUACGACAACGGCGACGUUAAGAUGUUUGACCUGCGCAUGAACAAGGUGCGCUGGGAGACCAACGUGCGCAACGGCGUGUGCGGCCUGCAGUUCGACCGCAAGGACAUCUCCAUGAACAAGUUCGCUGUGUGCUGCCUGGAGGCCCAAUUUCACGUGUUCGACGCGCGGACGCAGCACCCCAAGAAGGGCUUCGCCAGCGUGUCGGAGAAGAUCACGGCGGGCGCCACGGUGUGGGGCGCGCAGCACCUGCCGCAGAACCGCGAGGUGUUCAUGGUGUCGGCGGGCGACGGCAACCUGUACCUGUAUAAAUACCACUACCCCGACCAGCGCAAGGUCAAGGACCACGACGGUCAGGAGCUGGGCGUUGCGGGCAGUGUGGAGAUGCUCAACUACAAGAACAUCAGCACGCAGCCCGUGGCCGGCUUCGACUGGAGCCCCGACAAGGAGGGCCUCUUCGCCUGCGUCGCCUUUGACCAGGCCGUGCGCGUGGGCAUUGUGACCAAGCUGAACAAGGUGUAAGGUCGGGGCUACGGGCGCUGACAGGUGAAAGGAGGCUUGCGCUUGGAGCCGGCGUGCUGGACUAGGGCGCCUGAGGUUCGAUGGAGAUUUCUUGUGGGCAGUUUAGGCGGCGUGAGUUGCGGGCGUGAGGAUGCACGGGGCUGGUUGCUGGCCGGUUGGACGCGAUGCGGCGGGUGUGCGCUGUGUUGCGCGUUGGACGGAGGCGCUGGCGUAGUGGCGAUGAGGUGUGCACCGACUUUGGGGUUGCUAAUGCUGCGUCUGCUCUACAGCAUGCGGCAGGGGUGGCAUGCGGCGUACACGGUGGUGUGGAGAACGGGCUAUUGUGCGGUGUUUGUAUUUGAAUGAAUGCAAUUUCAUCGGGGCGCACCAGUGGGUAUCGAUUGAGCAUCUUGGGUGGUGAUACUGUGAGCGAGGUGAGCCAUAUACAGUACGCAUGAUGUGGAGCCUAGCUCUCCGGCAGUGUAAGGUCGGGCGGGCGUGAUGAAGCACAGGUGCAAGGCGGGGGCAGCGCUCCAGCCGCCUGCUCAGCAGUAAGUCCUGCCUUCAGGUUUGCCGCAAUGCCGCAGCACUGCAUCAGCACCGCCGGUGCAAGGUAGCACGGCAACAACGGCAACAGCUAGCGUAGCUACUGACGGAUGUUGCGCACUUGCGCCGGAGCUUUUAAGACUAACAAUGCGA